AGGAGCCGCCUCACACACACAACACGACACAACACACAGUGUCCACACACACCACAACACACCACAACACACGCCUUGGCCAGCGGUACCUGCACUGGAGGGAAUAGGCGCACACACACACCGAGCUCCUUGCAAGAAACAAACAAAUGUCUUCCUCUAGUCAGUUUAGUGACUGUGAUUGGUUUUACCAUGUUCCUCAGAAACCAAACAAAAGUGAAAAGAGCCAAGUGCAGCUUCCACCCACUUCCCAGAUCCCAGGUUUGAAUGAACUUGUGGAGCCUCACAAGGAGGCCAGUGUUGAUGGUCGCAAACUGUGGAUUAGGGAAACCGAUUCGGACUAUGUAAAGUUGGCCAAACAAGGAGGCAGGCCAGAUUUGCUGAGGCACUAUUCUCCUCCUCCAAGGAAGUCAUCUCCAGUCUCCUUCUUACAACCAGAAUGGUUCACGCAUGCAGCACCACCUGCCAAGAACAAAGAGGUCACUAAAUGGUAUUUGCCCGAGUACAUGGUUCAUGAGGAGUUUAUUCCAAGCCCUUCUAAUAACAAAUCUAAAAAAAUAUUUCAUGACUCUGACAAGACAACAUUGGAAAAGGAGUCAGAAGACAAUGAGAAGGAAAACGAAGAAAAAGUAAAGCUGAAGUUGCCAGAGAUAACCGACAAGAGGCAAAGAGGCAAAUUAUUUACGAGGAAAACUAUAGAGAGUGAAAAUAAAUUUCCAACUAUGUCUUUACCGGGAAAAAAUGAACCCAUAAAUUUCACCAAAUUAAUGACAAAUGGAUAUGCUGACGACUGGAUCCAGCAGCAAAAGGAGUGGAAGAAGAACAUGCCACCACAGAUUAAAGAACAUGCAGACCUUAUUCCUCACAACCAGUUCCAGGAGGAGUUUGGAAAAAAAGAGCUUCCUCGAAAUGCAAAACCAAGGGGAAGAAAAUCUUUUUCCACUAAAAUGGGCCAAAAGGUAUCCUUCAGAGACCCUGGAAAUGAUCCCAUGGCGAAAACGUCACUUAUUCUGAACAAAUUCAAAGACAUGCCAGCUUGAGCUGAGGACAGCAGAUCAGAUGUGAAAAUGUUCACAUCAUGAAGAAGUAUACCAUCACAGGACUAAAUAAAUGCUCUUAAUGAAAAAGGGACAGCUGCAAGAUCAUAGUGGCUAUUUAUCAGCUGGGCAUUGAAAUGUUAUAUUUUUGUAUAAUUAUAUGUAUCCCUUUCAAUUACACCAACUUUGUUUCAAUGACUUUACACUUAAAGGAGACAACAUCUUAUUGUUAAUUUAACUAUGUAUAAUUAGCCACUUUUCGACAAAGGAUUAAAGAUCGAUUCGAGUACUAAGUUUUAACAGCUAUUUACAUGAUACAGAGGAGCCACUUUCAUGAGAAUGGAAUGUUUUUCACACUAACUGAAUAGAAAUAUUUAAUGUCCUACUACAUGUCAAUGAAAAUUUAUUAAAGAACAGAAAUUCCUCACCUCCCAAAUCAGUGAAAAUUUGUAGGUAGCAUUCAUUUUAUAUUUAAAGGCAAUUAAAAAAUAGAUGUUCAUGAAGUGAUUCAUUGAUUUUUAUUGUUGUGUCAUUAAAAAAUGCAUUUGCUGUU